ACCUCACUCCUAUCCAUCUUCAAGUCAGCAGGGAGAGAUGGCUUCUAAGGCUUUGCUUGUGUUUGGUGUUCUCUUGGUAGCAGCUCUCCUUGUCUCCUCGGAGGUGGCAGCUCGGGAGCUGGGUGAGGAAACCCAUCAUGAGAAGAAAACGGACGAGGCUGGCGUUCAAGACGAGAGGUAUGGUGGGUACCCUGGCGGCGGUUACCGUGGCGGCGGUUCUGGCUAUCCGGGGCAUGGCUAUCCUGGCUAUGGAUAUCCGGGGCGUGGCUACCCCGGCCGUGGUGGAUACUGUCGCUACCGGUGCUGCCGCCGUGGAUACUAUGGCGGUUGCCAGUGCUGUUCUCACCCUGAUGAGAUCCCCGACCCUGAAUACCUGCCUGAGGUGCAGAACUAGGAAGACUUUAUUGCAUGCAUGUUAAUGGACGCUAAGUAUGUUGCUUUGUGUUGGGUAUGGUUUCUAAUUAAGUGUUUUCUUAUGGAGAGAAUAAACGGUUGUAUCUGCCUGAGAGGGAGGAGAGCUCUGUGUCCUCCUGAUCCCGAUGCUUCACAACCUAUCUUGUAGCUCAUGUCGUAAUGAUAAUGUCAUGGUGUUGUGCUUCAAGCUGUGUUCUU